AUGCAGUUGGUGACAUGUUUGGAUGAGCCGGAAUUGAAAUUGCCAAUCAUAUCAAUCUCCAACGGCGGGUUGCAGGCAUUAAAGGCUUCAGUCAAAAUUUUGGGCUGGAGUUUGUCUAUGUACUCAAGGGCGUCAGCGCAGAUUCAGAAUUCUAAAGAUAUGGGAACCAUCUGGCAAGGACUGCACCCAUACGCGACUUGGUCAGCACAACAAAACAAACUUUUGUUCCUCUUCUUCCUACUCAUCUCCCACCCCAUCGCUUUCCAUCACAGUUUUAUUGCCCUCUGUGGGAAAAGUUUGCAGCAAAACCCACUCCAACAACUGACUGUGAUCAUUUCUCCCAAUCUCACUUGCCAGCACAACAAUUUUGACAUCAGUUUCUCUGCAACCGUGUCCAUUGCGGAUAUGCUUUUCAAACUUGUCUCGCCUGUGGAAGAGCCGGGCACAUUCAUUCUCAUUGAAAUUUGUGGCCAGAGCCUUCUCAAGAUCAUGAGGAUGAGAGUUCAGGUCGAGGAUCACAGUGCUGCGCGUCAGCUGACACAGCUGCAACUCCGUGCACCUCAGAUCUGUGCAUAA